AUGCUCGAGGACAAGCAGCAGCAGGAGCGCGAGACGCAGGAGCUGGUAGCGGAGAACCACAGCUUGCAGGCGAAAGUGGACGAUCUGGCGCAGCAGCUUAGCGGCGCCAGGCAGCAGCAGGAAGACACGGAGCAGAUGUACCUCGAGGUGGCGUCUAGGCUGAACCAGGCGCUGCGGGACAAUGACGAGCUCAAGAAGGCGAAGCGAGCGGACGGCGACGCGGAUGCUGAUGCUGACGAUGCAUCAGGCCGCACGAAGGAGUUGGAGACGCAGAUUGCUGCCUUGGAACUGGAGAAGCAGCAGCUCGCGCAGCAGAUUGAAACGCUAACUUUGUCCAGCGAAAAGGCCCAGGCAGAGCUCGCCGACGCUGCCGAGAUCCGCGAGAAAUUGCUUGUUCACGUUGGCAUCGAUUUGUCCUACGAAAGUAUUGAAUCGCUUCUGGAUACCAAAAACAAUGAAAUCCAGAUGCUGACGGAACAACUUGCGGCCGCGGAAGCGCCUAAAGAACAGGCUAUCCGCGAGGCAGUCAGUGCUGCUAUUGUUGAGGCGGAAGGGCUUCGCGAUCAGUUGGAGGCGCUGCAAGGGCAGUACGAAUCGUUGACUACCGAAAAGGUUGCGGCUGAUAAGACGGUGGAGGAGCUCCGUGCAGAGCUGGAACGAGUAGCAGAAGAGCACUCUACUUCUCUUUCGGCUAAGGAGGAUGAACACCGACAGGCUUACGAAUCGCUAGAAGAAAAGCAGGCGGGAUACGUGACGCAGCUGGAGGAUUCGCAGACGCAGACACAGCAACUGAGCGAAGAUUUCGCUACGAUCAGGUCUAAGAUUGAGGGGUUGGUUGCUGCGCUGCAGAUAGACACGCCGAAAUCUGUAUCAGAUGAUGCAGCGGACUGCCAUAACUCCCAAAUGGUGGAACUACAAUCGUACCUGAAGCACAUCCAGGAGGAGCUUGUUGGGGCUGGCAAGGCGGACCUUCAAAGCGACGUAGACGACCUACAGGAGAGGAUACGCGCGUACGAGACUGAAAACCAGCAGCUGGUAGCCAAGCUAGAAGAGUGUGAGAACCAACUUAAGGCUCGUGCUAGCGAGAUCGAGAAGCUUGCUGCUAGAAGAAUGUCUGGUGAUACGGACAAGUGUGCAUCUUCGAGCGAAGACUCAGCCUCAGUCACAUCCAACGGUGAACCUGCAGAAAGCUUCAGCGGAGACGCCUCUGACCUUGAACGCGAGUUAGAAGCGACAAAGGCUCAUUUGCACGCUGUCGAGGCAGAAAUGGCAGCUUGCAAAGCUGAAAACUUGCGGAUGAUCUUCGAGGUCGCGAAAACUGCGGAUGGUGUUUCGAAGCUCAAGCAGGACCACGAAACAUUACUGGAGACGCAUCAAAAGAAAUCGUCGGAGCUGGAUGCAAUGAUUGAGGAGCUUGAAUCGAUGAAAUCAGCAAACCAGGCGCUCGAGUCGGAUCUCAAGAGUAAGACUGAGGAUCUACGCUGCCACCUCGAGACUUCCGCCAUGCAGAAGGAGGAUCUUCAAUCCAUUGUUGCUAAUCUGAGUACUGCUGUCGACAAUGCAGAAAAGGAGAAGCACAAGAUCAAACGUGACCUGGAGGAUAUCAAGAACGAAAACGACGUCCUCGAGGAGCGGAUUAGCGAACUGCACGCCGUUGCUGACAGCAAGACUGAAGCAGACGAGUGGCAGGAAAAGGAUCGCGAGGUUGAGGAGCUGCGUUCAUCGCUCGUCCAAGCUAAGGUUGACUUCUUGGAGCAGAAACACCAGCUUACUGCCCUAGAGAAGAAGCUGGUUGCGGUCUCCAAGUCGAGUGGCCCCGCCUGUACGAUCAACAAUGCCUCUUUGGAAGCUGAGCGACGAGAGUUUGAGGCUGCUUUGAUUGAGAUGAUCGAGAUGGAGAAGAAACUUCAAGUGGCAUACGAGGCUAAGCAGAGUCUUGAAUCGACCCUGCAAGAACGUAUGGAGGCGAAGAACGAGCUUGAAAAUCGUCUGUCUGUUGCAGAAGACAAGAUUGCAGAGCUGGAGCAACAGUUAGAGCAGAAGGUUGCUCUCAUUGCUACCAUUGAGGAGCAGUUGCGGUCAGUUGAAGAAGAGCGAGAAAAAUUAGCGGAUGAGUUUGCAAAGACCAAGUCAAAGCUGGAGCGCAGCCGUGGAAAAUUGGAAGAGAAAGCGAUCGAGUUCGAGGCGUUCAAGACGACUACUAACAUGCUUAAGGAUGAGCGCAGUCGCCUGUUCAAUGAGAUCGCAAUGCUCAAGGACAAAAUCGCGAAGUCGGAGGUUCAAAAGGCUGCAAUGGCUGACUCGCAGGAGCUUGCUAACGAAGAGCUAGAGGAACAGCUCAAUGAGCUAGCUGAUAAGAUUGCAGAGAUUGAAGCGGAAAAGCAGGACCUCCGAGCUAGGCUUGAAGAUACUAUCUACCGUUCCGAGGAGGAUAUCCACCAACUGAGGGAGCGGCUCUACAUGCUCGAGGAGGAGAAGUCG